AGCUUUACAAUAGGAAGGUAUUCGUUCGCGCCCCGAUUUUCGAGGCCGUUAGCCGUUAACGUGGGCUCCACUUGACAUGCACUUGGUCCAGUUAAAGCCGGCCAAGUGCUCAUUCGGUCAGCCCGCCUAACCAACUGGAAAAUAAUUACACUAGCUAUAGUCCGCUAGUAAAAUUAUACAAACAUCGAUUGAACCCGUGGACGAUGGUAGGCGAAGCCGACCUCCGACGGACGGUCAUCACCAGCAACAACAGCUCGUUAAUGUAAUUGUUGCCGUAGGGCCAUGCCGAUAGCGAAGACCACCUGCCCACAUCUGCGCUGUUUACUCCAUUGCCCCUUCCCGCUAGACUUCUGUUAAGAUAGCUCUUGUUUUAGAAAAAGAAGAAGAAAUCGAUUGUGAUAACUCAAUCAAGUGAUGCACUUUUACGUGAGAGAAGGGUAAGGCAGGCGAAGCAGUAGGCCCCAUAGGGAUUCAUCAGUUCCUUGUUCGUCUAUUAUGUUGGCCACUGUUUGUUUGAUUAAUCCAGAAGGCUAGUAGGACAGAAACGACUGGAUAAGUUGGUAGAGUAAAAUUCUUCAAAUUUGUAGACAAGCAUGUACAUUCAAAUAAGUGUUGCACUGGAUGCCCCCUGGCAGUAGCUCUUAGCCUGUUAUUUGCGUCAACUAGAACACGGGCAUCCGCCUAUUCGAGAGAGAGGCAGCGAACGCCACACCGAAGCCAAUUCGGCAAAUAGCACGACGGAAAAUGUAUGGCCAAGACACUUUUCGCCGUAUAAAAAGUGGCGUUCAUUGAUGUUGUUUGACGGUGAAGAUGCCGAGAACGAUGUAGUCAACUCAUAACAGGUGCGCGAAACUCAAUUGUGAUUUAAGCUAGACUACUCAGUGUCGUAGCUGAACGUUUACUGCAUCUGCCGCAGUAGUAAAAGACGGCGACGAGACAACAAUAACAACAGUUGUGAGCAGACAUUGUGUGAAGUCCCGAAUGCAGUAAUAGAAGCGCCACUGUAACGGGAAAGCUCAAGUUGGUUAAUCAUUUAGCUGAAAGAUGUCUACCAGUCUCGCAGUGGACCUUCGGGCGGAUCUGACCUGCCGAAAUCGAUUCAUACGAAUGAAGCAACAACAGCACCACCAAAAUAGAGCGAAACAAAUAAACAAACAGAGGAUAAAGUAGUUGCUGCCAUAUUUGGUCCAGCUUCGCUACAUUAGCGUUACCACAUGUUAUAGUGUUCGCGCGUGCAUGUCUUACGAGGUUGCACGUCACCCUAUAGGUGAGCUCGUUAACGGCCGGGAUCACUUCAACCAACUCUGACGCCUCUGGCCGAACUGAAAGAAGCAUUGUUCUUGAUGGACUUUCUAAUUCAGCGGUUUGUUCGGAACCCGAAACAGCCAGGAGUAUACGGCCCGAGGAGGGAUCAAAAAAUGAUGCAGGAUAUUAAAAAAAUGCUAUCCUUUUACUGACUAAUUUGAUAUAUAUCUAAAGUGCAAUGACUGAUGGUGGAAGAGACCCGUUGUGAACAGAUAUUGUAAAGGAGAGAGAAGCCGCAACCAGUCUGAAUGGCACUUGCGACAUGAAGGCCGGUUACGGCGUGACGACAUCCCCCCACCCCCUUAUGCAAAUAGGCGCUACGCGACAGCCAAAGGCAAAGAAAGCCGGGGGUAAACAGUAACAGCAGAGACCCACGAAAGAAUACAUAGAGACGAUGCGAGGACUAAACGAUAACAGAGCAGAAAAACACCAUAGCAACAGAAGGAUUUGCUAUGCGCGAUCAGAAAGCCGCGUUUGUUGGCACUUAAGUUAAGGCGAAGCACGGUGCCAAGUGAAGCGUGCUAUUAUUAUCGUUCCCGUUACGCUCGACAUGCGCCCGUCGACGUCCAACAAUGUUCGUUCGGUCUAUUUAAACUAUCUAUCGAUCGGAUGACUGAUACGUCGUCCGAUUACCUGAAUUACCGGGUGACUGACUAAUCAGAAGACUAAGAGGUUCAGAGAAUUCAUACUGUGGCAAACAAUCGGUUUUCUGUUGUAGUUAAGAGAAGUUAGUUAAUAGUGACUAUGCAAAUCUAUUGACUCGCUGUUCAGAGAGUAGUUCGUUGAAUAACAAUUAUUUGUAAGGGAGGCUGUGAACGAUGAGAUCUUGAUCUAUGUUAGUUAAGCGUAUUUACUGAAACUCGAUGAAAUAGACGAUACGUACGAUCGUCACGCCGAAGCACGAUACUCAAUCGUAAAAAUACGCAAAGCACGUGGCCAGCAGACGCAGAAGUCUCUUUCUAGUUCUCAUAUGCACGUACGCAUGCAUGUCACUUUACGUACGUCAAGGAUGAGAGAAAGUGAAGAGUAACUAAACAAGUGUUAUGCAAGCGUAAGCCAUCAAUGCUAUCGCCAUAAGCAGCGCCAAUAAUCGCUUAGAUCUCGCCAUCGGUUCGUGCAGUUCGAGUAACUCACUCGCAAGUUAUUGAAAGUAGUCACAGCUAUCGUUAUUUUCACCGCUAUUACUACCUAUAGCAGCAAUUAGCGAAGAACAAUUCGUUGUUGUUCUAGUAGCAGCAGCAGCAGCAGCGGCUGCAGUUGUCGCCAUCAUCGUCAGUCGCCAUUGCCAUUGUCUCGACAUAGUGCAAGACUACCAUUUGCUUGCCUGUAUGACUGAGUGUAUCGAGGCUAUUGUAGAUCUUUACGACUGUCAGCCCGCUGACGGCAUGUUCGCAGUGAUACGUGAGUGACAGUAUCAAUCACCGCUGCCCUGUUUUAGCUGUUGUCUCUCCCGUUAUUGCUGCUACGUUUGCCUACGACUAUAUCAAGCUGCUGACUUGUAGCCCCUUACUUAGAAAAAGCUCGCAGACGGCUGACCACAGUCCACAAGCCAUGAAACACAGAACCCAAUCUCAGGCUAUCCGCCUGCCUGAAUGGCUUGGCCUGUGCUGGUGGCGCCAGCUGCUCGUCGAUAUCUUUCGGCCCUGGCUUAGACCAUUGAGUCGAGCACUGAUCGUGGCUGCCGCCAAUGGUAUCGCGCGCAUAUAAUAACAAAGUCAGCAGCGGCAAAACAGUCACAGAAGGAUUAGUUUCGGUGCCACAUUAAUCAGAGCAGCAUGUGUGGUGUUACUAGCGCCUGUGUUUGGUGGCAGCUAUUGUAAAAGUAAUACUUUAACCCCGACGUUUAGUCGCCUGACUCGAGCCUGCUACUCUCUAACAGUUGCAUCAGUAGGAGUCAUCCUAAUAAUACCAGUAAUAGUAGAAGUACGAUAGGCCGUUGCCUAUUUCAAGCGCCAAUCAUCCUGCCCAGCACCAUCUAACCAUUGGUUUUUGCUGCCUAGUAUGCCUCGCUACCUAGAGCUGUGCUUGUAACUGCGGCGGCUAUGCCCCGUGUCGCUGCCCGCCCAUUGUCUACGAACACGACAGCUAACGGCUGCCAGACCGGGCCAUCGAGCUUUACUUCGGCUACCAGUAUCUCAGCGUUCUAGCAUCUAAUCUCGACAGCAGGCCGUUACGGUUACUUGCUGCGAGUGUGCUUGACUAUUUACUCCGGCCGACUGCAAGUACUCUCUCCCUCUGGUUGAGCCUUCUCAGACGCCGGAGCGGGCAACCCGUAUUCGCAUGCCUGAAACUGUGUCUAUUGGACGUCUAACCAUACCGUAUAGCUCUGUCCGCGUCGUUACCAUUGGAACGCUAUCCUAUGUAAGAAGAGAAACCGUCGGAUACAGCAAACGACACCUCGUGGACUUGAACCGACGGAGCGCAGCAAGGAUCCCCACUCAGAUUACGUUUCGCAUACUACGUAUCGAAAACGUACAAGUCUAAUUCACUUGUAAUUACUGGGUUUGCGUGGGCCAGCCAAAGUUCAAUUGACUAUACUACAGUUCCUGUGUGUAUAUGGAGGAAGUGACUACAACGCUUGAUUAGACCUAUCAUCUAUCAGUCAGAAACCGAGAGUGCUACAUCCUCAGAAGAAAAGACCUGGUCCAAUCGAAUUGGUGGUGAUAAUCAGCGAGUAGAACAAAAACGUCGAGCUAAUCAAAGUGAACUCUGGUGUAUUACUGUUCCUAGUGAAUUGUUUCGUGCAGUAGGAAGACGUGCGAAGGACACGCGCAAGUAUAUUGGGUCGUAAACAGCAGCGAAGGUUCAGACUGGAAUAUUGCGUUACAGGAUAUGCAAACGAGAGCUAGCACGGUCGAAAGAUCAGAAAUAAAUGGUAAACAGAAACGUAUAUCGUCAGUGAAUUCUACGACGGCGACGGCGACGACGACGACGACGACGACGACGACAAUAGCUUCUCGAAGCGAAGAUGCCCAACUGCAUUCAUUGUUUAGCGACGGCAGCAGCAGCAGGAGCAGCAAUAAUACGAACAGUAAAUCAACGUCACAUACAUCUAAAAGCGUCAGUGGCCAGCUUCAACAUCUUGCGUUCGAUAGCUGUCUUCGGCAUAAAUCGUCAUCGAUGUCCGAGACUAUGUUUGAAUCGUUUCGCCGCUCGAUAGAGACCAGCGAAACGAACGACACACUCUAUACGCACUACGGUGAAGGGUACAAGGAUUUCCGUGAGCUAGUUGACGAACAGGAUUUUCGUGAGUCAAGCGUUUCAUCUGAAAGUAGCACUGUCAGUGAUUCCCGCACCGUUCGAAUAGUUCGCAAUAAAUCGGACGGUCCUCUGAUUCGAACGAAGGUCGUGAUCGGCGAAAGCGGAGAACAGAUUGAUGUGGCAGAACGGCCACGAAUCCGUGUAGGAUCGGCAGCUAUACAAAAAGCCACCGAAUCCUGCCCAAAUUCGCCACUAAAUCGCAAAAUUAAGCAGAGCUAUUUCAGUGAGUCGAUCGCGGAAUCCGGGGAGUCAGUGGUUGUCAGCUCGGCUCAGUCGUCACUGAACUCAACAAUGGAGGAGCAGGAAAAACAGUUUUACUAUGAAUUAUCCGAUCGCGAAUGCGAGGCAACAACAGUCAACGUUUCGAUUGGUGAGCAAAUCAACAUCAAAGAGGUGGUACAACGCCGUCAGGAGACAGCUAAGGGUGGCCAAACAAGCACCACCACCACAACAGCUAGCGCUCAGAACGUUAUGGCUGAACGUCGGCAACGCGUCACUUCGACGGAGAGCUUCGCGUCGAGCCGUGAAGGCACGCCGACGCGGGUGCCAUUCGAGCGUUCCGUUAGUGCAGUGGCCACCGUCAAACGAACGGAUUCGGGCCGCAGCAGCUCAGGGCUCAAUAUCAGCCAGAGGGAUAUACUCGUCAAUCGUUCCAGAUCAUGGAACGCGAUUGAGGCCAAUCUAUUCACCUCGUCGGGCGGGGGAGUUGGGUCUUUAGACCACACGAUCCUCGCAGAGGCUAACGGUCUUAUCGCCGAUAUGUUGAUGGAUCACGGCCUUCCUCCAAAUAUAGCGUCAGGUCUAAAGGCGCUUCAAAUCUUACUCUGCCCCUCGCAACAAAACAAGCCCUUAGGUGUCAAGGCCGUCGUCGGUCAAAAGGUUGAACUGGCGCCGCUCAGCGAACCCGGUGACAUCGAUGACUGCGGAGAAAUACCAUUCACCGGAGAAAAACCUUCAGACAUGUCCAAGACACGACGUCAGCUUCCGCGGUCACUCUUGCGACGAAUGUCGACGUCGACCUGGUCGACGACGACUUCGGCUACCGGGAUGCCGACUCUCGAGCCCGAGCCCUCCAGAAAACGUUCGACAGGCACACGACGUGGCGAAGAAUCCCUUUCGGCGAUGUCUUUACCCGAUGAUGUGCUUCAUGCAAAUGAGCGGCUGAUGUCGGAGAGUUCGGAUGCCACUCAACCCGUACAUAUGGAUUUUAUCUGCAAAUAUUGUGGUCGGCGGAACAGCAACACGCGAAAAACGAGCGACCCCGUGGUAUCAGAGGAAAAGGAUACACGUUCGUUUGACGCAAAAGUUCUUUCACCAGGCAUUUAUGAAGUGAACGGAAUCCAGUUUGACACAUUAGAGAUAGUUAAGGAUGCUCAUUUAGGAACACUCUGCGACUGGGACUUCAAUAUAUUUCAGCUUACCGACCGCUCACCUCAAACACUUCUAAGUACCAUGUGCUAUAGAAUCUUGUUCGGUACGGGUCUAGUGGAAGCGUUCCACAUUCCAGAGAAAGAACUUCUUUGCUACCUACAUGCGCUAGAAUGUGGCUACCGUGAGGUUCCGUAUCAUAAUAAGAUGCACGCUGCCGAUGUUCUACAUGCUGUGUUUUAUUUGACGACACAGCCUGUCGCUGGGCUUGAACAGACGCUCAUUUCGGAUCUGUGCAUCGCUCAGGAAUACCAGCGGACGCAACCCGAUGGAAGUCUUCAUACGUGCUUCUACAUUGACUCCAGGACCAUGUUCACUUGCUACGAUAAAAAUUCGGGCCUGGGCAGUUCCCGCAACAGAAUCGACGAAAACGCAUUGACGUACGGCAUCAUCGCUUCGAAUCUACCACCGCUCGAGCUAUUGGCUUUAUACAUAGCGGCCGCAAUGCACGAUUUCGAACAUCCUGGACGAACCAAUGCCUUUAUUGUUGCGACCCACGCACCUUUGGCAAUUCUCUAUAAUGACAGGUCUGUGCUGGAGAAUCAUCAUGCUGCCGCCGCAUGGAACCUGCUGCUUUCGAAGGCAGACUUCAAUUUCCUGAAGAACCUUGAAACGGCAGAAUUUAAAAAGCUUCGUUAUGUGGUCAUUGAAUGUAUCCUAGCCACCGACCUCAAAAGGCACUUCGAAGUUCUGGCCGAAUUCACGGCUAAGACAAAUCUUGAGGAGAGCGCCGGCAUCAACUGGAAUGAUGAAGCAGAUCGAUUACUCGUUUUGGAAAUGGCUAUCAAGCUUUCGGAUAUCAAUGGACCUUGCAAAAAAAGAGAUCUCUACAUGCGGUGGAUGGAGCGCAUCUGCGAAGAGUUCUAUGAACAGGGUGAUGAAGAAGCAAGUCUAGGUCUGCCGAUCUCACCGUUCAUGGACCGUGCUAAACCUCAAAUGCCAAAACUGCAAGAGUCUUUCAUCAAUCACCUAGUGGCUCCACUAUGUAAUGCGUACGCUGUCGCCGGCCUCUUGCCGGGAAAAUGGGUUGUCUCCGCUCAAGAAGCAACUAACGGAAAUCAUCCAAACGCAUCGAUGGACCUCAAAGACGGUGUGAAAGCUAGUGCUAACAAUCGCGUAGAAUGUAUACAGAUCAAGCAUUUACAGGACAACUACGCGUACUGGAUCAAGGUAAUCCAGGAAGAAAAGACCAAAGAAACCAAAGAGGCAAUAGAAACCUCGUGAAUCUAGUGAUGGUUUGAUACCUCACCCAAUCAACUGGCCGUCAAACGGUGACGGUUACAACGACGUCAUGUGAACUAUUGUGGAUAUCAACUGGUGCCGAAAAAAAUGGAGACGACGCUACUGAUAGCGUCGGCAGGCCAGCGUAAGACGGAGAAUAUUUGGCCACCGUCAUGCUGGCGGCGUGCAUGCGUCGCUCGAAACAACGGACUUCUCAUCAAAGUCCUCCAACUAUCACUUCGUUUAGAGGGAUAAAGAGAACCGCAUAGGCCAAAGUGAGCUCCUUAUUGCGGACUUCUGGAGCUGUACAAAAAGAAAAGAACAAGUUAUCUCAUUAGCUGUUAACUCAGGGGAUGUGAAAAGGUGAUUGAUGAAAAGUAUUGAAUAUGCUCUAUGUUGGAAGGCUCUUUCCCGCCUGUUUCCUUCACCAAAAUUAACGAAGGUCUAAACACGAUUUCGGCGUCACGCGUCAUUCUACGACGUCCCGGAACUGAAAAUUCUGUAGGACCCAACCUAGAAACAACAGAAAUAAAUACAAUGAAGCGCGAAGCGGCGCUUCUAUAUAAGCAACAAAGACAACACGUGUGAUCGUACAUAACAUUGAAAUCAGCAGCGUAUGUGAUUGAUAUAAUAAAAGACGGAAAAUAGUAGGGUGAAAUUACCAAGUAAACGCACAUUCACCAUUUACAGGAUAAACGGAUGAUGAACUGACAAUGCACCAUCACUAUUGUCCGUAUGCAUGCGAGACUAUACGAACACAUAUAAAUAUUUAAGUAUCCACAAACUAAUACUCCUUGGCACCACGAAGAGAAAUACGUGAGGCGCGAAAGCGCCAAAAAGAACAUUCAGGAAACGAAAAGCAGCAGCACAAUGAUAUAAACAAACGACUAAAAUACUGCAAAACAAACAACAGAUCAAUGUACUGCAACAAGUACAUUAUAAAAUUAUAGCGGUACGUAUGAUACGGCAACAUCGAACGGAGUGCGGUCUUCAUACGUUAAACGCGUUGCCGUCAACCCGCAAAUAAAGACGAAAAACUUACCAUGUGCUUUGGAAAAGACAUCUCCUAAUCGAGUUCGUAAAUCAGUUGAGUAAAUUAGUAAUGUGUAUACUGCGAGUGACGCUCUUCGCAAGGAGCUGGCAGUCGGUGAUGGAGAAUCAUUUCGCCCCCUAGUAAUAUAUCAGUGUUUGACGGAAAACUUUGAUAAUUUAUUUCGCCCCUUUUCCAUUUAUAUACCUAAUAUAAUUCCUGUUCUUCGCUGAUGUUCUGUUUGGCCUUUGUGUCUACCUGCGCCGUUAAGCGUCAAUCCACAAUCCAUGCUGCUUCGCAGCAUCUACUUGUAGGUUCGUGUAUAGAGCUAAUAAUGAUAUUCAUGAUUAUUGUUUAUUUUAUCAUGCCACUAACUACAGGUAACGGCUGUAGUAUAUAUAUAUAUAUAAUUUAUAGAUAGAUAUUGUACACGCUAAAGUAGGCUAGAUCUAACCUAACAUAUAAAAAUGUCUAGUGUCCUUUUUUUGUGAGUAGGAUGUAGGGACCGGCGAGUCUGUGUGUUUUCUUUCUCUCUCUAUCUUCAUAUAUAUAGCUAAACGUUCUAACCGUUUCAAAUCGUUUGUCUUCUUCCCACUGUUACUAUUUCUGAUCGGUACGCGAUUUAUUGUUAUCGUUAAAUGCAACGGGGAAACGAUAUCAACAACAACAACAACAACAACAACAACAAGCUCAAUUGAAAACCUCUCAAAGCAUAAUACUAACCUAAAUAGAGUCGACGUUACUAUUGAUGAUAACACAAAACCUAGGCGACACAUGAGUAGUAUAUAUAUAUAUAUAACGUUCAUGUAGAUGG